AAAAUACAAUAGUCAAUUUCUACUUGACUGUAAAAUUUUUGACUAUUUAGUGGAGAACAUAGAGUGAAUCCCCACCCUCUCUGGCUGUUAUCGUUGCAAGUUCCAACACAGCUACCUUGGCUAUGUCUCUCCUCCUUAAUUCUCCUCUGCCACUCUCAUGUACUUGGGGGAAAUUGAAGCAAGAAGCUAGGUUAUUAUCAUCAUCACGUUCACGGGGGCGAAGGGUAGGAGGAAUGUGCAGAAACAUGGGUUUUAGUGCUAACAAUAAUUCCCAUGGAAUUCAGAAUGGAAAUGGGGUUACAGCAUUGUUCUUUAAUCCUGCAGAAGACCCCAUCAUCAAAGAAGCUCUAAAGGAACCAGUGGCAUUCUUGGGAGGGAUGUUUGCGGGUAUUUUAAGGCUUGAUUUGAAUGAGGAGCCCCUCAAAGAAUGGGUUACGAGGACUGUGGAAGCUGCUGGUAUUAGUGAAGAAGAAACCGAUGCAGAAGGGUCAACAACUGAGGCAGCUCCACAAGAGAUUGAGAUUGAAUAACACAUGCAAUUGUUUAUUCUGUGUACAAGUUUAAGAAACUUACAUAUGAUCAGCAUGCCGACAGUGCAAUAAAAAUUGGUUCAAUUGGUUAUAAAUUAUAAUCUUCUUUUUA